AUGCCUUGUGAAUACCCCAUUAUCCCUGAAAUCUUACGAGGACACCCGAUCGCUUAUUCCUUAUCGGCUACGGCAGAAGUUCCUAUGGUCUACUUGCAGCAAUUAUGGCAUACACUUACCUUGUCAAAAGAAGGAGACCACUUAUACUUUGAAGGGCAUGUGGACGAAUUCAUGAGUCGUCUAACUCUAAAAAGGCUGCGGAGAAUUCUAAGAUUGCCAAACCCAACUGAUGCUUUCGGAUCACAACAAUUUGAUGACUUUAUUUCUAACGAAGAGCUAUGUCAUGAUAUAAUAUAUGUGUUCUACGAUGUACAUUACAUGUUCUCAGCGAUCGCUGAUAGAUUUAUAUUAUAUGUUCUCAGCGAAAUUAUGACCCUCAAGGGCGGCACCAGCCAAGCCUGCGCUGCCUGCAAAUACCAACGAAAAAGGUGCACCCCUGAGUGUGCACUCGCCCCCCACUUCCGCCCCGAACACACGGAGAUUUUCAAGAAUGCUCACAAGCUCUUUGGUGUCAGGAAAAUCCUCAGAAUUCUCGAAAAGAUCGACCCCUCUCAGAAAACCGAAGCCAUGCGCUCCAUUAUCUACCAAGCCAACAUGCGAGACCGUUUCCCCGUUCAUGGUUGCUUGGGCGAAAUCUAUCAUUUACAGUACCAAAUUAGGCAAGCUGAAAAGGAGCUUUAUGCUGUUUUAUCUCACCUCCACUUUUAUAAACAACAAUCACCACAACAAGAGAUCACCAUCGACUCGUCACCUGAAUCGCAACUCGGAAUGGGUCUCCAGCAAUCUGCUGCUAAUGGCCUCACACUUUUUCAACAUCAACAGCAAUUUCUUCCUGUUGCACCCUUCUUUGAUCAAUCUUAUAACAAUAACAAUCAUUCUGGAAUUCAUUUUGAUUCCAUGUCCAACACGGGUAAUGAUGGUAUGUGGCUUCAGCAAACAUACUGCAAUCAGAAUGAUGGCAAGACUCUAGUGGCAUUACAAUCUCAGUUGCUCAACACACAGCCAUGGACUAUCCAAGAAGAAGUUACUCAUGAUUAUGAUGAAAUCUAUCCUUUCUUCGAUACGAUUGAUGACACUCAAUCGUAUAUAGAUUCUAAGGAUGCCAAUGAGUCAAGCUCGGAAUCGUCAUUAAAAGAGACCACACAGUCUGUUCAGCAUGUUGCAGGGAAUAAAUUAAAGCGUGCUGAACUCCAACUUGGAAUCGUGAGUGAAGAUUACCAGGCAACUGUUUAG